AUGGCCUCAACGAGAGCUAUUGUUAAAUCCGUGCUUUCUGGUGAUACAUUAAUUCUUCGUGGAAAACAGGUAGCAAACCAACCCCCUCCAGAAAGGCAAUUGAAUUUUGCGUAUAUCCAAGCUCCAAGAAUAGGAAAUCAAAAAAAGGAAGAUGAGCCCUUUGCAUGGGAAUCUCGUGAAUUUCUUCGUUCUCGUGUAACCGGGAAAGAAGUUACAUUUCGUGUUGAUUAUAUUAUCCCUAAUACUGGUAGAGAAUAUGGAACUGCCUAUGUUGGCAAUGAAAAUCUUGCUCAUUUGAUUGUUGGAGAAGGAUGGGCCAAAGUCAGGGAUGAUGGUCGCAAUAAGGAAAGUAAGGAAGAGAUAGAAAAGCUAAUUAAUCUUGAGAAGUCCGCUCAAGCAGCUAUUAAAGGUUAUACUCGCAAUGUCAACUACACUUUACAAGAAGACCCUAAGGCAUACUUGAACAGAUACAAAGGACAACAAAUUGAUGGUAUCGUCGAACAAGUUCGUGAUGGUUCCAGUCUUCGCGUUCUUUUCAUGCCUCCAUCUCCUGCUCCACAACAAUAUCUCAACAUAAAUAUAUCUGGUAUUAAAGCCCCCGUUGUCCGAAAGGACGUUCCAGAUCAAGAAAAUUUAAUUGAACCUUUCGGUGAAGAAUCUAAAUAUUUUGUAGAAGCAAGAUUGCUACAGAGAAAUGUUAAGGUUAUACUGGAGGAACUCUCUGGAAAUAAUCAAGUAUUUUUCGCUUCAAUCUUACAUCCUGCGGGUAAUAUUGCAGAAGUUUUAGUGGCCUCAGGUUUAGCAAAAGUAGUGGAUUGGAGUAUUGCUUUAGUUACAGAUGGUCCAACAAAAUUACGUGCGGCAGAAAACAAGGCCGGUGGUGAUGAUCAUGAGUUUGAAGGAACGGUAACGCGUAUUAUCUCUGGUGAUACUCUUUGCGUAAAGGUAAAUCGCACUGGUGUUGAAAAGAAAUUACAAUUAUCUAGUAUACGACAGCCUAAGCCAAAGGAUCCUAAGUUGCCAGGAUAUAACUUUGAGGCUAAAGAGUUUCUAAGAAAGGAAUUGAUAGGAAAAACGGUUCGCGUAACCAUUGAUUACCAAAAACCCGCCGUAGAAGGAUAUGAAGCGAGGGAAUGUGCUACUAUUAAACUUGGGGAUUUUAAUCCAGCGGAAAAACUUCUAGAAAAUGGAUUGGCGAAUAUUAUAAGGCACAAAAAAGAUGAUGAUGAUCGCUCGAGCUGUUAUGAUGAACUUUUAGUUGCGGAAAAAAAAGCACAAACGUACGCUAAGGGAGUUCAUAGCACUAAAGAACCACCAUUACAUAGAUUUAAUGAUGCCUCAGAGAGUCCUUCAAAAGCUCGCCAAUUCCUUUAUUCUUUACAAAAAUCUGGCCGUAUAUCUUGUGUUGUUGACUAUGUUUCUAAUGGAUCAAGAUUCAAAAUUUAUAAUCCUAAUCCUAAAGGAAGUUAUAAAAUGACUUUUAUCAUUGGUGGAAUUCGCGUACCCAGAUUGGGUAAAUCUUCCACUGAAAAACCGGAACCAUUUGCUGCUGAAGCACUUGAAUUUGCAAAUCGUAAAUUAUUACAACGAGAUGUUGAGAUUGAAGUUGAAAAUGUUGAUAAGACAGGAGGUUUCAUUGGUACUCUCUGGAUAAAUAAAACAGAAAAUUAUGCAGCAUCAUUAUUACGAGAAGGAUUUGCGAAAACCCACGGUUCAUGUUCAAGCGAACUUUCAACGGCUGAAAAUGAAGCCAGAGAAGCGAGAAAAAAUAUUUGGUCACUUCAAGAUAUAGGACCUACAGAAGAUAUUAAUUCAUCAGUUAAUGAAAGUGAAACUCAAAAAGAAUAUAUGGAUGUUGUGAUUUCAGAAAUUAUUUCAGGGGGUCAUUUUUAUAUUCAAAUUGUCAAUGAUAACAUUCGCAGUUUAGAAAAGAUGAUGUCAGAAUUUGAACUUUAUCAUAAGACUACCAAGGAUUUGGAAGUUACAAAUCCUAAAACUGGUCAAAUAGUCAGUGCUCAAUUUACUGAUGAUGACCAAUGGUACCGUGCGAAGAUAAAAAAAAUUAUGAAUGAAAAAAAGAGUGCUGAAGUAAUUUAUAUUGAUCAUGGAAAUUCAGAAAUAAUUCCACUUUCCCGAAUUAGACCAAUUCCUGAUAACUUUAAGCAAUUACCCUCGCAGUCACAAGAAGCUGUACUUUCGUUUAUAAAGGUUCCCGAACGUGAGGCCGAUUACGGAGAAGAAUCUUACGAGAGGUUUAGAGAUAUUGUUAGUAACAAACAACUUGUUGCUAACGUUGAUUAUCGUGAUAAUAAUUUACUUCACGUUACACUCUAUAACCCUUCGCAAGCUCAAUCCCCUGAAGAAUCAAUUAAUCAUGAACUAGUUCAUGAUGGGCUGGCAUUGAUUAACAAAAAGUUACCUUAUAUCAAGCGUUACAAAAGUUUAAUACAAAAAUUCGAAGAGUCUCAAGAACAGGCGAAAAAGUCUAGGUCGGGAAUGUUUGAAUAUGGAGAUGCGACACUUGAUGAUGAUGAAAAUUAUUAA